AUGAGUCUUUCAGAGCUACCCCCCGAGCUUUUACUAAUGGUUGUGGGGAGUUUUCCUUCCGAAAAGACAAUCAACUAUCUCACGCGAACCUGUCGUUCCUACUUCUCUCAUUUAGACCCAUUCCUUUAUUGCUACCAUGUUCGAAAGGGUGACGUCUCUACCUGGAAGUAUGCGGCGGUGAACAACCACCCAGAGGUCGUCCGAAAGCUCCUCGAUGCCGGUGCAAGCAUCUACGACAGCACCAUGUGGCACGUGUCAGAGCUCUACAUCGGCCCCCAUCCCAACCACCCCCUCAUUAUCGCAACGGUCCACAACCACCCCAGCGUGGUGGAUGCGGUUGAGCAUUUCGGCUGCCGAUUCCAUAACCCGCUUCCGAUGGGCCGUGCCCCCUUUUUGUACACCCUCGAUCACACCCGCGUUGAACUCCCCGCCGAACAGAUCCUACAGCGCAUCCCGCGCACCCUUAGUCUGCUGUUCCGGCACGGCGCGGACCCGGCGCGCGCGGCUGCGCUGCAGCGGGCCGUUUCGGUCGAGUCUUGGCUGACCGCGCGGUUCCUCAUUGCCAGGGGGGGGGGGGGGGCGCAUUGUCAUCAAGAACGACGGUAUCACCCCGAGGUUCAGGCAGCGCUGGAUCGUGCGUUGGCAAACCACGAUUUCGAGGGCGUCAUGGCUCUCCUUGAAGUGGAAGGGUUGGAGGUGUGA